CAAUGUAUCCUGUCUCUUUUCAUAACAUUUCCUCCCACUCUCCAUAAUCAUGCCAUAAGAAUACUGGGAGAGCUGACAUUGAGAGGAGGCUAGGAAAUAUUACCCUAGGAACAAGAAUCUCUUGUACUCUGUAAAAGGAAGUCUUGAUAAAAAAACAACAACACCGUAUGACAGGUCUAGACCUCUGCACAGUCCAGUCCCAACUGGCUCACUGGCUGAUUAAGAAAAAUAAAAUCUUAAAGAUUCAACACCCCAGAUUUUUACUCUUAGUUUAAGCUAAGCCAGAACACAGAAAGGCCACAAACAUGGAGAGUUCUUGAUACUUAUAACAAUUUUGCCCACAGUGCAUUUAUUCUGCAAGGUCUUCUCCAACCCCUCAUGCUUCUGUGUUCCCCUAAGGCCACACUGCUCGUGUGGUACCCAGCCUACACGGAGCAGGGGAUGCAGUGUGAGUAUAGGAGCCACAGAGGCUGGCAUGAAAUCCUGCCUGUACCACUUGCUCCCUAUUUAAUCAUAGAAGAGUUCUUUACUUCUUCAGUCAUUCUUCCUUUAUCUAUAAGAACAGAAAUGCUACCCUUAAGGGUAGCAGCAAGGGGAGAUAGUGCAUAUAAAUUUCCUUACACGUAUUUGAUAUUCAAUAUUAUCCAUUAUCUAUGUUAUUUUUGGUAUACUGCUUGUUAUUAUCAUGUUGUAAGAUUACUCCUUGUAAGUCAUUUGCAGGCACAAAAAUAGAUUAAUAUAUUCUCAGAAUAUAAGAAAGUGUUGGGUGCUUAUUAUUUCAUUGAUUAAAUGAUGAUUGGUGAUUAUGGACCCCAUUAAAAAUUUUUAUUUUAUUUUAUUUUAUUUUAUUUUAUUUUAUUUUCAGGUGACUGGAAAUGAAUCCUGAAAACUGGACUCAGGUAACAGUGUUUGUCCUUCUGGGUUUCCCCAGUAGCCAUGUCCUGCAGUCCCUGCUGUUCCUGGGGUUGAUGGUGACCUAUAUUGUAACAGCCACAGGCAACCUACUGAUUAUUGGGCUCAGCUGGAUGGACCGACGCCUACACACACAGAUGUACUUCUUCCUGAGGAACCUGUCCUUCCUGGAGCUGUUGCUCGUGUCUGUUGUGGUUCCCAAGAUGCUUGUCAUCAUCCUCACAGGGGAUUGCUCUAUCUCAUUUGCCAGUUGCAUCAUCCAGUCCUACUUCUACUUCCUCCUAGGAACCACUGACUUCUUCCUCUUAGCUGUCAUGUCUCUGGACCGUUACCUGGCAAUCUGCCGACCACUCCACUACGAGAUCCUGAUGAGUGGUCGUGUCUGUUCCCAGCUAGUGCUGGCCUCCUGGCUAGCUGGAUUCCUCUGGGUCCUUUGCCCUACCAUCCUCAUGGCUAGCUUACCUUUCUGUGGCCCCAAUGGCAUUGACCACUUCUUUUGCGACAGUUGGCCCUUGCUAAGGCUCUCCUGUGGGGACACUCGCCUGCUGGAGCUGGUGGCUUUUGUGCUCUCCACAUCAGUAUUAUUGGGCUCACUGGCACUGACCUCAGUCUCCUAUGCCUGCAUCCUUGCCACUGUCCUCAGGGCCCCCACAGCUGCCGAGCGGAAGAAAGCAUUCUCCACUUGUGCCUCCCACCUUACAGUGGUGAUCACUGUCUAUGGCAGCUCCAUUUUUCUCUACAUUCGUUUGUCAGAGUCUCAAUCCAUGCUGCUCAACAAAGGAGCCUCAGUCUUGAGCUGUAUCAUCACACCCCUCCUAAAUCCAUUCAUCUUCAGUCUCCGCAAUGAUAAGGUGAAGCAGGCCCUGAGAGAUGCACUGAGGUGGCACAAGCCCAUGGGUGGGAGAAAAUCUGAGGGCCACAUGUGAAAGGAAAUAUUCCUACUAAGUUGCAAAAUUAAAAUUUUAUUUGAUUUUUAAAUGUAUUUUGAGCUAUUUAUCAAGAUAAUAGUAGCUAUAUUUGGCUGUUAGCUGAGAAAAAAGGAUUUUUUUAUUUCCCUUUAUAACCCCUUAACACAUCAAGAUUUAGGCCUGAGAAACUCACUAGAACAAAGGGUUUUAACUAAAGGAAAUACUGGUCACACAGGGAAAAAAAGAGGAGAUACUAAGAGGAAACAAAGGAAUACUCAAGCAGAGGGAACAGAUGAUCAGAGGUAUGUCUCCAUAUUCCAUUACUACACUGCCUCUGAGGGUAAACUGAGGGGAAAGCCCAGAGCAGAAGGCCUCUUCCUAGUUUACAGUUAGCCUCUUGUGAAUGAGCUAGCCCCACAGUCUGUCCACAAAACAAUCUGACAGGUGGCCACAUCAAAUUAUCUAAAAGAAAUGGGAUGGUGAGACAAAGAAUGGGCUGAGACAUCAGCUUUCCAAGCAUCCUUAGUUUCCAUGUGACAUAGAUGGAACUCCAGAUUUGGUAUACUCCUGAAAAGAAAUACAGGUAGAGUCUGAGUUGGUAGUUAGUAGAUGAUCUUGGUAUUCAUAGUGGCCAGGGGUGAGAUGAUUAAGCCUCUGAGGUGAAAACUUGGUCUAGGAAUAGAUGGGAGGAGAGUAAGAGACUCAAUUAAACAUAUAACCCAAACCAAAUGAACAAACAAGCAAAACAGAGUUAGAUUCACCUUUGAUUUUAAAUGACAGACUUUCUGGAUAGAGUGGUCUUUGUUGAAGGUCCUUCCUUUUCUUCACUUUGCAUAUUUCGCACCAAUC